AGAGAGAGAGAGAUCUAGAGAGAGCUAUAGAUGUUGAGUAGUGGAGGGUUCUUCGCAGUGAUCACGAUCGCCAUCUUCCUCUCUGCCGCCGCCGCCGAAGACUCUUCCAAUGAGUGUGUCUACACAUUCUACGUCCAAACCGGGUCGGGCAUAAAAUCCGGAACAGACUCCGCCAUCAGCGUCGUCCUCAGCGAUUCCCAAGGCCGGUCAGUGUGGGUCCCCAAUCUCCGGUCGUGGGGCCUGAUGGGCCACAGCCACGACUACUUCGAGCGCGGCAACCUGGACAUAUUCACCGGGCUCGGCCCGUGCGUCGGCGCGCCGCUGUGCCGCCUCAACCUCACCUCCGACGGGUCGGGGGCCCACCACGGCUGGUACUGCGAUUUCGUCGAGGUCACUUCCACCGGGCCGCACAAGGACUGCAGCCAGAGCAUCUUCUACGUCGAUCAGUGGCUGGCCACCGAUGCGCCGCCGUUUGAAUUGACGGCGGUGAUUGAUGGGUGUGAUGAGAGACUGGAUGGGCCAGCGAAAGCUGGGGCUUUUGUUGUGGGCAGCAAGCCCGUUGGAUCUGCUUCGGAAUAGUGUGGGCCUUUCAAGAAUAUUUUUUUUUCCCUUUGCUGUUAGCCUUGGAAAUCUUUUUCUUCUUUCUUCUUGUGAGUGUGAUAUUAUCUUUGAGAAUUUACGGAGGAGCCGUGAAUAAGUUAUUUACGGAGUUGCGCAAUCAUAACCGACAGUUUCGGCAAUUUAUUGUUGAGAUAUGUUUUUAAAUUUUGACCGAUAAUA